AUGGAGGAGGCGACCUACAUCAGCUAUGACAAUGCGAUCGAGGAGCUUCGUGCUAGGGAAUAUCCUAUGCUGCAAGGUACCACCUACCUUGACCACGCUGGGACCACGCUGUACUCCAAGUCGCUGAUCGAGCGCUUCUCCGCUGACAUGAUAUCCAAUCUAUACGGCAAUCCCCAUUCUGCCUCCAACGCCUCACAGUUGACGACACGACGAAUUGAAGAUAUUCGACUACGAUUGCUGAAAUUGUUCAAUGCAGACCCGCAAGAAUUCGAUCUGGUGUUCGUAGCCAACGCCACUGCUGGUAUAAAGCUGGUCAUGGAUGCCUUCCGGGAGCAAGAGCAGGGGUUUUGGUAUGGGUACCACCGGGACGCACACACGAGUCUGAUAGGAGUACGCGAGGCAGCGGCGGAGCAUCAGUGCUUCGCAUCAGACGCAGAGGCUAAUGAAUGGAUCGAGUGUCAAGACGACGGAUCUGGUCGGGCAGGGCUAUUCGCGUAUCCGGCGCAAUCAAAUAUGAACGGACGUCGCCUACCUUCGGAUUGGUCACGUCGUAUACGCACGAACAAGCAGGCAGUGUACACUCUAUUGGACGCCGCAGCCCUUGUCUCGACCUCGCCACUUGACCUCGGAGAUGCUGAGAAUGCACCCGAUUUCACUGUAUUGAGCCUGUACAAGAUGUUCGGCUUCCCCGAUCUUGGGGCUUUAAUUGUCAGGCAAGCAUCAGCAUCGGUAUUUGACAGGCGCCGCUACUUUGGUGGUGGCACUGUUGAAAUGGUCGUGUGUCUCAAGGAGCAAUGGCAUGCAAAAAAGGCAGACUCGCUUCAUGAGAGGUUAGAGGAUGGUACUUUACCAAUACACAGCAUCAUGGCGCUUGAUAGUGCCAUGGCCGUUCACCAGGAGCUAUACACUUCGCUGGACCAGAUUUCGAAGCACACCACUUUUCUUGCCAGAAUGCUGUAUGAGGGGCUAUCUGCGCUACGACAUGGUAAUGACGAGAGAUUGUGCCAGAUCUACAAAGAUCCGGCCUCUACAUACGGCGAUGCAGUAACGCAAGGGCCAAUUGUUGCAUUCAACCUUCGAAAUCAAUAUGGUGGCUGGGUCAGCAAUGCAGAGGUGGAGAAGCUCGCCGCCAUCAAGGAUUUCCAGCUCCGGACUGGUGGCCUCUGCAACCCUGGCGGUGUUGCGUCGUCGCUAGGGCUGGCGCCAUGGGAAAUGCGAGAGAACUUCUCUGCCGGCCAACGGUGCGGUAAUGAUAACGAUGUGAUCCGUGCAAAGCCGACCGGCAUGGUACGCGUCAGCUUCGGAGCGAUGAGUACCCUGAAAGACGUGAACUCAUUUGUCGCUUUUGUGCGCGAAUUCUUCGUCCAAGAAAGCCUACCAAUAGUCACAGCCCCGAUUACAUCCUCUGUCGACGAGCCACCACUACAAAGUCGCUUGCACGUGGAGAGCGUAUCGGUGUAUCCUAUAAAAAGCUGUGCAGGGUUCAGCGUCCCGCGCGGGCAUGCAUGGGAAAUACGGCGAGAGGGCCUCGCGUGGGAUCGUGAAUGGUGUCUUGUGCAUCAAGGCACUGGGGCAGCAUUGAGCCAAAAGCGCUACCCGAAGAUGACUCUCAUUCGUCCCAGCAUUGAUCUCGGUAAAGGCCUAUUACGCAUAAAUUUAGUAGGCGCUUUGCGGGAGAUGACUAGUACUCACGAGAUUACUGUACCCCUGUCGGCGGAUCCACGAUUGUACGCAGACGAAGCGGUGUACAAGAGUGCAAAUGCCAGAGUAUGCGGAGACUCGAUUAGUGCCAAAACAUAUAGGUCAAGCGAGAUAUCGUUGUUCUUCACGCAGGCGCUCGGAGUCGCUUGUCAUCUUGCACGCUUCUCUGCCGUUGGCGAUGGAAAUAGCUCUACAAGACAUUCGAAGGCGCAUCUCCAGAAAUAUCAGAGGGCUGGCGCUAUGCAGAUACCCGGCGCUUUCCCAGAUGCGGUCUCUAUCAGGCCCGGCGCGUGCGUUUCAAAGCCAAUAUUGCUAUCAAAUGAGAGUCCCAUUCUCACCAUCUCACGAUCGAGCCUCAACCGCCUCAAUGAACUGAUCAAAGCGGAGGGCGGUAAGGCAGCACAAGCGGAGGUGUUCAGAGCCAACAUUGUGGUUGCGGAGAACCCAGCCUACCCGCCUGGGCUCGAGGACCCUUAUGCGGAAGACGACUGGCGCUACCUACAGAUUGGCCAACAAUAUUUCGAGAUGCUAGGAGCGUGUCGACGGUGCCAGAUGGUUUGCAUCGACCAACAAACCGCCGAAAAGAACCAGGAGCCAUUUGUUACACUUUCCAAAACACGUCGAUUUGAUGGCCGUGUUUUCUUUGGAGAGCAUACCUGCCAUAUGCCCUUGGGAGAGGUGUCUUCGCCCUUGGGACAAAACCCCACUAUCACGGUCGGAGAUGCAGUACGCCCAUUUCGGGAUGAUGAGGUCGAUCAAAACGGCCAUUUGCAUGCUCUUGUGGGCUAA